GGGCGCUAUUUCGCGGUUUUCUUACGAGAUAGAGAGAAGCGUCUCAGAUCAGAAUAUUUUUUGAGAGAACAGUACACGUAGAUCUGCACUGAGGUAAGAUAUCCAUCUGGAUAGAUCUAAAGAUAGCUAGCUAAAUCAUGAAUGAACAUGUUAUUUUACUCAUCUCUGCUUUGUGAAAACUCAACAUUGAGCACGCUAUGACUCUCAGUCUAACAGUAUGAAUGAAUGAAACUGUAUGUACAGUAGCCACUAAUGCAAUGUUACGUUGGUACUACUAUAACUUCCCAAAGUUAUUCAGUAACGUUAGUUACUAACAAUAUACCGACAAUGGUUUGCCAGCAUGUUAUGUAAAAUUUAUAGUGAAUCGUGAAUAAAAGUCAUGUUAGAAGAGAGCUGUUCGCAGCUAAUACACAUUCCAAGACAAAGGACAUUGAGGGGGAUGGGGGAGGAUGGGGGAGUUGAGAUGAGGCACAUUCACCUCAAGUAAGCACACUCAUCGAAUAGAUACAGAUCUACUGUAGGGCAGUGUUGUUUGAAAAUACUCUGGCUACCACCCCCUCUUGACAUGUAAUCUGCUGUAAUUAUUGAAUGUGUUAUUUCUUUUAAAUACAGAUGUCUAAGCAAGUUUUUAGUUUUUAUCCUGGGAGAGUGGUGGUGGUCUUUCGGAAGGGGUCACAUGGCUACCUUCUCCAAGAUGCAACUGAGGAAGCCAAGCGUUGGAAGGACUCCUCUGUCUCUCUGAAGGACAAGUCAGCACCCAUAAAGGAGGAACAGAUGAGGGCAAGGGCGUGCUCUUUGGUCCGUGACCGAGGGGGGGAUGUGUCUGACCAAACUGAGGUGUUGGGGGAGUAUACUUUACAGUUUGGAAAGUAUAAGGGGAAAUUGUUCAGAUGGCUCCUUGAAAAUGAUGUGGGGUACACUCUGUACCUCAUUAAACAAUUUGAAAAGGAGCAAACAGCUGGCAUGCCUUUGGAUGGGCCUAGCAAAGACAGCCUGCGGUCCUUUGUAGGGUAUGCCAAUUCCUUCAAGGAAAUCAAGGCAGUGCUGGAGUACGAGGCCAGGAGGACCGGGGCUGUCAGCUCAGUGGAGGAGGACCAACAGGUCGGCUUUGGCCGCAUGCCAACAAGGACCUGGGGUGACGUCUGGGAGGGUAGGGCAGAUGGCUUUGCAGCAUUCGUUCUGUCCCGGACCACCACUCCGGGAACUAGCAUGGACAAACUGAAGCGGUACCUGACCAAGAAGACCCAGGAGGCAUCCAUGUCCUCUCCUCUGCUCGCCUCCAGCCAAGCCGUGGUCAUGGAUGAAGAUGAACACCUGGAGCAAGCCAUGCUGAACAUCUCCCCCUCCAAGAUGGUCAAGCAGAGCUCUGCUGCCCUGUCUUCGGGUGCAUCUUCAUCUCCCAGGAAUAAGAGACCAGCAGGCCGAGGUCUCUUUGCGUAUCAGUUGUUUGGACCAAGACAUGACUCUUGGUCAAUGUUCAUGCCACGUUCCUGGCCUUGUUGAAUGUUCAUGCCACGUUUCUGGCCUUGUUCAAUGUUUAUGGUGUUCUGCCUUUCAAAACUCCAAUCAUGAAUUUACAUCCUCUCCAUCGUUGAUGGUAAGUGUUUUUUUUCUUAUACUCUGCAUGAUUCCCAUUAUGAAUUUACAGGCUCUUC